AUGACCGGAUCAGAUGAGCCGGCGGAGCCAGAGGAGGAUCAGAAGUUCGACAAGGGCAUCGAGUUCUUGCUCAGCUGUCUCGGCAUGUCAGUAGGGCUCGGUAACCUGUGGAGAUUUCCCACAAGAGCUUAUGAGAACGGUGGCUCCGUGUUCCUCAUCCCCUAUUUGAUAUGUGCUCUGCUCUUCGGGCUCCCUGGAGUCUAUCUGGAGUUCGCGCUCGGUCAAUAUCAGGGAAAGUCACCGCCAUUCGUCUACCGACGGAUUAUGCCAGUGCUCGAAGGGUUCGGUUGGGUGGCCGCGUUGCUCAUGGCUACUGUAGGUGUCUACUUCAUGUUGAUCAUCUCGUGGAUUAGUGUUUACUUGUUCAAUGUGGUCAUCGGGAAUUCGGGGAAGUGGGGACUAUGUGAUAAUAAGUGGAAUGAUGCAGCCACCUGCUUCAACAUCCCUGCCCAAGAGCUGUGCUCCGGUGCGCACCCUGCCGGAUGGAACACUUCUGACACACCAAUCCAAAAAUUGAUCUACAUGAAUGGAUCCUGCCACGACAAGGAAGAUUACGAGAAUAUCACUCUAGUUAGUGCAUCCGCACAGUAUUUUCAAAACUUCAUUGUCCGCCCAUCUACCAGUUUGACGGAUUUCAAUAGUAUCAAUUGGCCAAUAUUCAUCGCUAUGAUUAUCGGAUGGGUGAUUACUGUACUCUCGAUAUGGCGUGGCAUGAAAUUUGUGGGAAAACUCUCUUACGUUACCGUAGGCCUACCGUAUAUCAUCGUGACAAUACUGUUUGUGAGAGGUGUCACUUUGGAGGGCGCCGGCGAUGGGUUACGGUUCUUUUUUGCUGGAAGUGACUUCAGUGCACUCUGGAAUUAUAACACAUGGACUGCCGCCUUGACUCAGAUGUGUUUUUCGUUGUCGAUUGGGUUUGGAGGGUUGAUGAAUAUUGCCUCGUAUAAUAGGAGAAAGCAUAAUUGUUAUAGGGACGCCAUCUACCUCAUCAUCGGUGACACCACAAUGUCUCUAAUCGGUGGCGCCGCCGUCUUCUCCACUCUCGGCUUCCUGGCUCGAAAACGUGGCGUCGACAUCUCGGAAGUGGUCGCCAGUGGCCCAGAUCUCGCAUUCAGCGCCUAUCCGGACGCCAUGAAUCAGAUGCCCGUGCCGUGGCUCUGGAAUUUUCUCUUUUUUGUAAUGCUGUGGUUGUUGGGCAUCAGCUCGGAGUUUGUGAUGGUGGAGCUCGUGUGCUCAUGUCUUCGUGAUCGAUUCCCGGAAUUUUGCGAGCGACGGAUUAUGGUGGUUGGAGGUGUCAGCGCGAUUCUUUUUGUGUUUGGCAUAGUGUUGACGACAGAUGCAGGCAUCUACUGGUUCGAGCUGUUCGACGAGUACGGCGCGGGUCUUAACGCCGUCGUUUCAGCCACCUCCAUGUGUAUCAUAAUCGCCUAUCUCUACGGUCUGGAGCACUUCAAAUUCGAUCUCAACUUGAUGUUGGGAGCCGGCGGCGGAUGUUGCUCCAUAUUUCUCGGCCAUAAUAGCCCAUAUUUCCGAGUGAAUUGGAAGUGGAUCAGCCCGGUGUUCGGUGUGAUUUUGAUCGUUUUGAGUUGCUGGAAAUCGUAUCCCCAUCAUAAUGAUCCGGUUGCGUAUCCCGUUUUGUUUGAUAUCCUCGGCUGGACCCUUGCUAUCACCCCAUUCACUAUGAUCCCGCUAUGCGCCUUCUUGGCCUAUAGAAACUUUAAGAAACAUGAUAUUCCCACCCGAGGCCUGUUCCUUGUCCAAAAACAGCACCCAUCCUACCAGCGGAUCUCGAGCGACUGGUCCCCCGAACGAAAACGUAUCGGGCUCCGGCUGCCGUGCCACGAGCCGGGAGACCAGGUGGCGGUGUCGUUGUCGACACUGCAUAGUGUGAAUAAGAAUAGUGAUUUGGAGUCGAUUUAG